AUGGGGAAGGCCCCGCGAGAAGUUGCCAGAAUCACCGUGGCUUCGGCGAGUGUUCAUGCCAUGGGAGAUUUUACGGCAAUAAUGGAACAAAACCUUUCCAAUGCGAAACACAACGCUGUGGUCAUAUCCUGCACCGCCGCGGCGUAUGUACUUGGCAGAAUCCUCAUCAAGCUAUUGCCGGCGCUCAAAAAACUACUGUGGCCUGAGAUAUCGGCAAGGACAAUACCUCAGCCAAAGUCCACUGACUAUUCUGAUGUCUUUCCACCAUCGCAGCGAAAACUCCUUGCCUGCAUCGAGCCGGCCAACGGGGGAGGAGAAGACGCCUGUUCAACCAGCCCGUCAAAACACCCUGAAAUACUCCUGGACCUCGAGGAAGAUUAUCGCCUCGCAUCACCAUCAAGAAUCGUGUUCAGUGGAUUCAGUGUUGGGGAGAUACGGUCUUUGGGGAGCUUCCCAAACUAUGCAGCAUUGUCCGAGGUGCCUCUGCCUCAUGCCGCAAAUGACUUCGACAUUGCGACGGCAAGGCCAAGACCAUAUAGACCACUGAGGUGGCCAUAUAACCAAACCAUGGUGCUGAUGGGGAAUGCGCUACUUGCAGCGAUUCAGAAGAUGGAGCCCGACUAUUGGAUUGAGCUAGAGAGUACCUACGAAGAGCAAAUUCGCUUGCGUAAGAGCAUUGUCGAAAAAUACAAGACAGAUGUGAUGCAAGCCCUGCCAGGCUCGGAGCUCGCAUGUAGGGAGCUGAUGGAGAUGGUCAUUCAAUUCCUAUGUGCCCGGUAUCCCCACCAAUUUAUGCUGAUCAAGGGGGUAUUAGUGAACAGAAUCCGAGGUACUCAAUAUCAUGUUGACCGGGCCGACGGGCUGCAGUUCUUGUUGGAGAAUGUUCCCGAGGAUUUCGCCAUCAUGCUAAGGGAUCCCAAGACGGGAAGAUACAAACUACGAGCCGGAAUUAUUUGCGCAUCCACUGGUUGGAAUUUGGGAGUCAAGAUGGGCAAGGGUCUUGCUGAGAUCCACGGACCAGUGCCCGAUUACAGGAGCAAGAUGCAGCUCAGCAUGGACCGGUUUUUUACCAAGUUCCCGGCUGGCAAACCUGUGCAGAGAGGAGCCUGGGGGUUUGAAGUCGGUCAACACCUGUACACGCCGCCUGGCCACCCUCAUCUUGAGGGCAUGAAAACACAGGAUCCAGGCCUUUGCCCGGAUGACAUUUACUUUCGCGUAGACUGGCAAACGCUGCGUCGAUUGCCUCUAUCUGGGGCGAUAGUCUUCAACUUCAAGGCGUUCUUUACCCCGGUAAAAGACCUGAUGGAUGAGCCGUAUAUACCUUCCUUGUGUCUAAAAGUGCUGACCGAGAGCAAGGCCAAUCUGAGAGAGUAUAAACAAGUACACCACACGGAACAUGUUCUAACACCCCUGUUCUCCGAUUACGAGAAGUCUCAAGUAGAGCGUGGUUUGAUAGAGGCUGGUUGGGAACCGCAGACUCUUGAGGAAAGUCCCUUCUUCCCCGGAUGGAAGCAUCAUUCCAGGACGUCUCUCAACAAGAUUUGA